GGUACUUUUACAGCAGAGGUUAUGUUAAGCCUAUAAAAGCAGGGUUCAGUGACUGUGAAACCAGAUAAGGCAGAGAAGGAUUUCAGGCAGUUAAAAAUGGCUUGUGUAUCCCAAUCAGUAAGUUUUGAUAAAUGUUUUUGCGGACAGGGAUCACACAGCAGCAUACUCUACAGCAUUCUCAACAAAGAUUAUCCCAAGGAAUCAAGUUGCUGUCACUAUCAACGUCAUCAUCACCCUUCAACUCUUGGGUGCUCCUGUGAGUUUAGAAAAAAAGUUGUUCUAAAGACACCAGAACUCACUUGCAGACUGGCCUCAGAGGUGCUGCUCAAGACAUUGAAUUUCAUAAAAAACUUGCCAUCCUUUUGUCAACUACCUGAGGAAGAUCAGGUCCUGCUGGUGCAGAAUUGCUGGGCUCCACUCUUUGUCUUAGGCUUAGCUCAGGAAAGAGUAGACUUUGAGGUGGUUGAAGCUGUAGCACCCAGCCUGCUGAGAAGGAUUCUUCUAAAUCAGAAAGCGAUGGAUGGUCAGGAUCAGGAGACUGACCUGAACACCCCAACUCUAGGAGAAGUUCAAAGAGUUAAAUUAUUUCUCCUGAAAUUCUGGAGCAUGGACAUCAGCACCAAAGAGUAUGCAUAUCUCAAAGGCAUCACUCUUUUCAAUCCAGAUGUUUCUAGUUUAAGAACACCUCAUUAUAUACUGGCCUUGCAGCAAGAAGCCCAGCACACGUUAAACGAAUUCAUUGGCUUGAUGCAUAAUGGAGAUCAGAUGAGGUUUGCUCAGAUACUCUUGACUCUCUCCACUCUCAGAAUGGUCAGCACUACUUCUGUCACAGAACUAUUUUUCAGACCAGUCCUGGGCAAAGUGAAUAUGAAUGAGCUGCUCCUGGAGAUGCUCUGUGCAAAGCUGAAUUAAGUUGCAAAAAUGCAAUCCAUUACACUUGAAUCUUCUUAAUACUUUUGUAACUUGUUAACUUGUUAUGGUUGUGUAUGUAGUGACUAUUUGUGCAAUAUGUAUAGUAACUAACAUUGUUGUGUGUACAUAGAGGUGUGUUAUUGACAAAUGCUUAUUUAUGCCUUUGUUUGGUUUAUUAAAAUAAAACUGUGGAUUAGUUUUCAUUCCAUAACAUUUCUUCUUUCACGCUGCCUUUCUUUCAAGUGCCUGUACUGAAUAAACAU